AUGGUGGAAGAGAGGUGCUCUGAAGGUGGUGAUAUGGAUAAUGGUGAUCGUGAGACUUUGGAUCGAGGACCCCCUCCUCAGGGGCCGGAGGUGAAUGCGCCUCCUCUUUUUUAUGCAAGGGCGGUAGGUCUCGCCUCAUGCCCUGCAAUUGAUUCACUCCCAGAGCCGAUUCAAGCAGGAAACAUUACAAGGAUUGUCAUACCACAGAAUGAUUAUGAAGCAAAGAGACAGAAUUUCAGGUUUGCUCUCAUAGGCCGUGUAAAUUUUCGUCUUCUAUCUUUGGAUGAUUUACAUCAAGAGGCAAGAGACAACUGGAGAUUGAGUCAAGGGGUUGUGAUGCACCCUCUGGGAAAAGGCUAUGUCAUUUUUCAAUUUCGAUGUGAGGGUGAUAAGGCGGCUAUUUGGAGAAGAACCCCUUUGCAUGCGGUAGGACGUCCAGUUACCCUGGAUAAUCAUACUAGACAAGGAAUUUUGGGAUAUUUUGCCCGAGUUCUGGUUGAAGUUGAUAGCUCGGAAGCUACUACUCGUGUUGAGGAGGUUCAGGUAGAGAGAUUCGAACCAGCUACUACUAAGAUUUUUGGCUUUCGUCAGCGAGUAAUAUAUGAAGAUAAUUGUGCAAAGUGUGGUUUUUGUAAGUGGAUGGGUCAUCAAGUAAACAAUUGUCGACUCAAAAAGAUGGAGGAUGAGAAGCAGAGUGCUCGUGACAAUGUAAGGGUACCAGGUGCGGUAUACGAGGAAGACGGAGUUGACUCAAACAGUCUUGGGAAUUCCUCUUUGCAACCUUGA